AACAGCAGCCAUUGCCUCCUCUCUUUUUUUUUACUUUUCAAUUUAGUUUUGUUGCAGGGAGGUAUAAGGCAAGUUAGAAAUACAUUGCUUUAGCCAGCUCUGUCUUUUCACUGUUCACUGUCAACACUUUCUUGGAUUAUUUUUUUGUUCCAUCGCUGUCUGUUUUUCUUCCUCGUCGUUUUUUAAUCCGACACUUCUACUGUUAAUAUGGAGCCUGACACACAAGCACUUUGUGUUUGAGGUGUACAUGCUCCAGAGAAAAGGUGCCCUACACCCAAACUGCUGCUCUCCCCCGCUGAAUCCUGGGUCUCUCUGAGACUCUGCUCCACACCACCGCCGCCCAGCACAGAGGGAAGAGAGAGAGACAAGAGAGAACUGACUCUGCUAAGACAAAUAUAAAACAUUUCGACACAGUCAGAGCCACAGUGGCUUUGUGUGGGUGAAACCCAGCCUCUACAUCCGACGCCUGCCCAGCUUCCUGUGAACUGGACGCCCUUUGGGGGGCUAGGAGCCCUCUCUGUCUGCCUGAGUUCUACCCUCUCACCACCAUCGCCAUGACCACUGCAGUCCAGCCCAGCGAUUUGGUGUUUGAGUUCGCCAGCAAUGGAAUGGAUGAAAUCAACCAGUUGGUCUCCCUGUGUGUCCAGCUGGACGACCCCUCAGUGUUCCCUGCCGUCAUCGUGGAGCAGGUGCCAGCAGCAGACCUGAUGCAGGUGUACUCUGGCCUGGAGUCAGACGAGGUGACCAAUGGCAUCAUGGUGGACUCCACCCUCCAUGUGGUGGAAGAGCCAAUCAUGGUGGGCGAUGUUGGCCUCUCAGAAACGACGGUGUCGGGCACAGACGACAGCAUGGAGACCAAUGAGGCUGCAGCUGCUCUUCUCAACAUGGAGUCUCCAAACAACAUCCUGGAUGAGAAACGCAUGAUUCACACCUACGGGACUCUGUUGGAGUCUGAUCUCACCUACAUUCCCCUGAGGCCGGACCAGAUCUCCAGCAUGGACAUGUCCUUGGACGAGGAGACAUCCUCCAUGGACGAGAUCCCUCAGAAAACCAUCUCCAAACCACAGCGAAAAACCAAAGUGCGCAAGCCGCGGGCGGUGCGCCCCUGCUCGCCCAUCACCACCCCGAUGCUGCCACUCAAGAAGAAGAGCAAGGAGGGCAAAGGGAACACCAUCUACCUGUGGGAGUUUCUCCUGGCGCUGCUGCAGGACAAGAACACCUGUCCCAAAUACAUCAAGUGGACCCAGAGAGAAAAGGGCAUCUUCAAGCUGGUGGACUCCAAGGCCGUGUCCAAGCUGUGGGGGAAGCACAAGAACAAGCCCGACAUGAACUACGAGACCAUGGGCAGGGCUCUCAGGUAUUACUAUCAGCGCGGCAUCCUGGCUAAGGUGGAGGGCCAGCGGCUGGUCUACCAGUUUAAGGAGAUGCCUUCUGACCUGGUGGUCAUCGAGGACGAGGACCCAGGCCUGGCCUCCGGUCCCGGCUAUGGGAGCCAGCGCGCCGGCCACCACGGCAGGGCAGGAGGCCGGGGAGGCGGGGGCCGGGUAGGGCAGGGCCGGGCCCAGGGCCAGCAGCACCUGUCAGCCAAGCAGGUGAAGAGAGAGCCCAGCGACGGAGGCGUUUACCAGGAUGCCAAGGAGGUGGAGCAGCUACUCCAGACGGUCCACGUGUUGCAGCCCAAUCAGGGGGCAGCUGUGCCGGCUCCUGCACACACCAUGAGGACUAUCAAUGUGCCUGCCUCCGUCCCCAUGGUCCUAACCUCCUCCGGCCCCCUGCAAACCCUUCCCCUCACCCUGACCAAUGGGGACUCCAGCCACUCCUCCCCCCCUCGGGUCAUCCUCCACACCGUCCCCUCCACCACCGCGGGGGGCAAGGACGUCCUCACCAUCCAGACCGCCUCUCUGGCCACGGGGACCGGCAGUCUCCAGGACGCCCAGCACCAGCUCCUGGUUACCAGCCUGUGCUCCUCCACCACUUCCCCCUCCUGUGCCACCACGGGGGUCAUCACCACUGCCAGCUCUGGGCCCAACGGCCUUCCCCGCCUGGUCACCAUCAACGCGGCCAGCGGCCAGCCCAUGGUGGCCCAGCAGCCCGGCACCGUCAUCGCUACCGUGCUCAAAUCUAGCGAAUUCCAUGGCCUGCAGGUGAAAGAGGAGAUACUGGACCCCCAUUACCUGCAGUCUCUGGUCAACAUGAACCCCUCGCUGGCGGACCAUGUGUUCGGGAAGGAGGAGCUGGAGGCGGGGGAGGUGGAGCAGAGCUACAGGACUGUCAUCUUUGAGACUAACCAGAACCAGAGUCAGGCCCAGCAGGGAGCUGCAGCCCAAGUCAACGGACACUUUUUCCAGAGCAGCAGUCCCAGCGAAGGCCUGACCCCUGUUGAGGAGCUGGAGGUGCGAGGGGAGAUGGCCCUGCAGCCGGAGCAUGUGGUCAAGGGACUGCAUGAGCUGCCAGUCACUUUUAUUCAGGUAAAGACAGAACCCACAGAGGCCUAAGUCUGGCUGGACUCCUUUAUUACUACACCAAAGCAGGACAUGGUGAAAUGGAAAAUAAGAUAAUAUAAUCAAUUGUUUUCAUUUCCUUCCCCUCCCCUCUGAUAAUCUGAUAUUGGAGCAAAGGAUUCGAAAAUGUGUUGCCCUGCAACGUAGGCAGAUUUCCAGCCCUGAAUUUUUGUUUACUCUUAGAUAUUGUGAUUAUGUGCCUAAAUUUGAACGUCAAGGGAUUGUUUUGUUUAUGUAAUGUUGAAUGCUCUGUUGUUCUGAGUCUGGGUCUAUCUACCUUCAGUGGUCCCGGCCCCCCCUCUCAAACUACCCCUCCAGGAGAACAGCCAUUGGAUAACCAGGGAUCAACCCACCACAUGUGCCAGUUAGAGAAUCUAUACAUCGCAAUGGACUUGUGUAAAUGCUCAGAGACUUUACACAGGUCAACUGAACCAAAAAUAGGAGAUGGAACUCAAAUGGGAACAAUGAAAUCAGACUUGUCAUUUCAUACUACAGACUGACUCCAGACAGUAGAGGGCCUGAGGAACACGGAGCGCAAUCAGGCAAAAGUUCACCUGGACCUCCGAGUGCCUUCUGAGAAGUUGAACCAGUUCUCAUGAGAUGUCAGAGGGCUUUGAGGCAGGUGGCCUGGAUUUUGACUUGGAGAAUUGGGACUUUUCUCUCGGUAUCCCUCCUUGUUAGCAAGCACAUCAUCAGUGAGGUGUGCAUUCUCCAGCAUACACUCAUGGCCUUAUAUCACUGUGUUACUAUGGUAAUGGGCAUUCACUAUUCACCAGGGCAGUCCAAUUACAGACAUAUUUGUAUAUAGCAGCGGACUUAAAGCAGAGAGAUGGAUUAAAGAAGAGAGAGAAUACAGAGAAUAGAAACAUAGAUACUACAAGACUCAUCUCCCAUAAAGGCUAAAAUCAUGUUUAUAUGAAAUGGAAUAUAUAUGAAUAUAUAUAUAUAAUAUACAAUUGAGAUUCAAUUAAAGGCCACAAUAAAUUUAUUUAUUUUGUAAAUUUCCAAAAUUCUGUAUAAAAAGGCACAUAUUUUAUUAUUUCCAUAUGCAAACACGAGGGAAUAUACAAAGUAUAUGAAAUAAAUAUGUUUCUUUUUUUAAAGCUGGUAUCCACAUUUUGUAAGCAUUCCAUGUAAUCAGCACAGCUUGAUAUUGAUAUUUUAUAUGUUUUUGAUUCAAGUGCUUGCGAAAUUGUACAUAUUCCCUGUUUUGUUUCAUCUUAAAACAUUUUCAAAAUGUGUUGUAUGUGCUUUUGUUCCUGCCCCUUACGCUCAUUCUCAGCUCGUCAACAGUCAGUCAGUGCAAGCUGCAAAAUUGUCUUGCUUUACUCAUCUCUAUACAGUCCUCUCGUCUCAAUCAGUAACUCUUCAAUCAAAGUAUUUAGUGAACCUUAUGGAUACCUAGCACUGGUGUUUUCUGUUUAUGAUAAUUUUAUAUUAAAAUGGCCGAGCUCC